UACAAACAACCAUCACACAAUCCGCACGUUUGGUGUACAGGACUCACAUGCUACAGUAUUCCAUCUACGACCAAGUAUAUACUACAAUUUUUCCGGUAUCUUUCUCCUCUCACAAUUUAAAGAGAGAGAACAGGGCAGAGAUAGACGCAAACGCGAACAUCUCUGUCUGCUUGCCAAAUCUUGCUUCGGUGAGCGUGCUGCUGUCACAGAGAGAAGAAGUCUGAAAAGGAAAAAAAAAAUGGGUGAAGAGUUUAGCAAGAGAGGUGGAGCUUGUCCCCAGUUGCAUGAUUUCAUGAUAUCAAAGGAGAGAGAUUGGAUGGUGAGAGAUUCUGGAGGUGGGAUUGGUGUUCAAGAUGAGAAGAAGCUGGAGCUGAAACUGGGGCCCCCAGGAGAUGAGGAUUGGGGAUCAACAACAAAUGAGAGGAAAGCUCAAGAGCCUUCAGCUCUCUCUCUGGGUUAUUUCCCUCAAGCCUCUAAACCCCCUAAAAGAGGGUUUUUGGACACAGUUAAAUCUAAAAAUGAAGGUUGUCCAUCAUCGUCACAUGCUGCUGGCUCUGUUAAUGCAGUGUGGCCUAGGGAUGGAAAUUUGUAUAACUGUUCCAUGAUGCCCUUUUCUUAUAUGCAAAUGAGAGGAAGCCUUUUAUCUGUGAAUUAUUAUUGUCUAGCACAUGCCUCUAGUCACUCACAGAAAUAG